CCACCUCAACGAAAUCAUGGCUCAUCAAAGACUUCUGCCCAAGAACUGCCAGGUUGCACAAAGACAUCUACGAAGAUGGGUGGAUCCUCGUUUUUUCCAGCAUAUUCUACAAGUGGUAGUGCUGCUCUUCGUGGACCUCGUGGAGGUGGGCCUACUGCAACAACGCAGAGUCAGUCGUCCACCAAUAGCAAUACAACUUCUUGUACGAGGACAACAAGAAUUUUGAGGCCGCGUGAUGAACAUGAUCGGUCCACUCAACAUCAAACCGGGCAAGAGCAGCAAGAACGUCAAGUAUUAAGGCUACCGCUGGAGCAUCCGUGCUAGCGCCAUAUCCUUGCCUGCUUUUUUAAGGGGAACAAGGGCUCAGGGAUGGGCUCAAGGAUGCGACGGGGGGGUAGCUCUAAAAUUAGACGCCGAGGCAGCACAUUUACAGAAGAUGUUGGAGCAGGGCUCAGCUAACAAGACGAGAAAAAACAGCACAGUAGCUCAACAAUUGGUAAGUGCUGUACUUUUGUUGCUGCAAAAACCAGAGCUCAAUACAACUAGCGGAAAUAAAACAGGAGCAAGCGAACUAGGC